AUGGCCCAGUGGCAGGAGGUCCAGCAGCUGGAGAACACCUACCUGGAGCAGGUGCACCAGCUGUACUCGGAGGACCACCUGCCCAUGGAUGUGCGGCAGUACCUGGCCCCCUGGCUCGAAGACCAGAACUGGAGCCGGGCGGCCGAGCCCCCCGCGGCCGAGCCCCACUCUGCCCAGGCCCACAUGCUCUUCCACACCCUGCUGGCCCUGCUGGAUGACCAGUACAGCCGCUUCGGGGCCAGCGAGGACGACUUCGUGCUCAAGCACAACCUGCGCAAAUCCAAGCUCAACUUGCAGGCCAAUUACCAGGAGUGCCCGGAGCAGCUGGCCAACGUCAUCGCCAACCUGCUGCGGGAGGAGAAGGCCAUUCUGAGCAGGGGGCUUGCGGCCCAGCAGGCCGCAGCGCAGCCACCGUCCAGUGCCCCCAUGGAGACGGACCGGCAGCAGAAGAUCGAGCGGCGCCUGGCGGAGACCAGGGCAGCAGUGCAGGAGCUGGAUCGCGAAGUGCGGGACCUGGAGGAGUUGCAGGACACCUUCGAUUUCCGCUAUAAGAUGCACCGUAUGGUUGCCAACGGCGCCACCCCCAGCCCCGAGCUGGCCCGCCAGACGGAGCAGCUGCAGGCCAUGCUGAACACCCUGGACCGGAGCCGCAAGGACGUGCUGGCCCGGGCGCAGGAGCUGCUGGGCCGCUGUGAGACGCUGCGGGAUUUCCUGCUGGAGGAGCUAGCCGAGUGGAAGGACCGGCAGCGGAGGGCCUGCAUCGGGGCAGCCUGCGACACCAGCCUGAGCCGCCUGGAGACCUGGUUCACGGGGGCGGCCGAGGUGCUGUUCCAGCUUUGGCGUCUCCUGCGGGCCCUGCACGACCAGCACGACAAGCUCACCUACCAGCACGACCCGCUGACAACGCAGCGACCCCUGCUGGAGAGCCGGCUGCAGGAGCAGCUCUCCUGCCUCUUGCGGAGUGCCUUCGUGGUGGAAAUCCAGCCCAUCAUGCCGUUCCCCAACCGGAGGCCCCUGGUGCUGAAAACUGGCAGCAAAUUCUCCGUCCGCGCCAGGCUCCUGGUCAAGCUGCAGGAUCGAAGCCAUCGGCUUGAGGUGAAAAUCGUCCUCGAUCAGCAUCCCCCCGACGUGAAAGGGUUCCGGAAGUUCAACAUCCUGACGUCCACCAGCAAGACGCUGGUCCAGGACGAUCCACAGAUGGAGGGGCUGGUCUGCGACUUCCGGCACAUAUCGCUGAAGGACCAGAGGGCCGGGGCCUCGGGCAAAGGCAGCAAAGGUGCUAACGAGGGCCUGCUGGCCGUCACGGAGGAGCUGCACCUCAUCACAUUCACACUGGACUAUAAGUACCAGGAGCUGGCGCUGGAGCUGCAGACAUCCACCCUGCCCGUGGUGAUCAUCUCCAGCAAUAACCAGCUCUCCAGCGCCUGGGCCUCCGUGCUCUGGUUCAACAUGCUCAGCCCAGACCCCAAGAACCAGCUGUUCUUCUCCGCGCCGCCGGCCGCCUCCUGGGCCCAGCUGGCCGAGGUGAUGAGCUGGCAGUUCUCAGCCGCCACCGAGCGCGGGCUGGACAAGGAGCAGCUGCACAUGCUGGCGGAAAAGCUCUUUGGGCCGGAAGCCACCCCCGCCAGCACUCUGACCUGGGCCAAGUUCGCCAAGGACAACCCGCCCAUCUUCUCCUUCUGGACCUGGCUGGACGGGAUCCUGAGCCUGAUCCGAGACCACCUGGCCCAGCUCUGGAAGGACGGGCACAUCAUGGGCUUCGUGAGCCGCAAGCGGGAACGGCAGCUGCUGAAGAGGAAGCAGAUGGGCACCUUCCUGCUGCGCUUCAGCGAGAGCAGCCGCGAGGGCGGCAUUACCUGCAGCUGGGUGGAGCCCGGGGAGAAAGGUCAGCCCAAGGUCCGUUCCGUGGAGCCCUACACCAGGACGGAGCUGACGUCACUGCCGCUGCCUGACAUCAUCCAUGACUACCAGCUGGUGGCCGCCGAGAACAUCCCCGAGAACCCCCUCAAGUUCCUGUACCCCGGCACGCCCCGGGACAAGGCCUUCGGGAAGUACUACACCGAGAGGAGGGAAGUGGACCUGCUGGAGCAGAGGAAGUACCUGAACCGGCGCCUGAUCAGAGUGUCCUCCAGGCAGCCCCAUGAGCCGUGGCUCCCGGAGGACAUGGUGGUGGCGCCCCCUGCAGCUGAGGGGCUGGCGGCCAAUCACCUGGAGGCACUGGGGCUGGGGGCCUAUGCGCUGGAGCAGAUGCUGGAGCUGGGACCCAAUGGGCUGGAGCCGGCGCUGGAGCCGGGGGCCAGUGGGCUCGAGCCGGCGCUGGAGCCGGGGGCCAGUACUCAAGAGGUGCUGGAGGCGCUGGAGCAAGAACUGGACCUGAUGAGGUUUGAUCAGGCUGGCUCCAACGUGCUCCGAGGCGGGGACCCCUAUCUGCCCCCGCCGGACGACACGCCCCCACCAGGGCUGCCUGCCAAUGCCUUGUUCCUGGGGGCCAACGACCUCACCCCGCUCCAGGUCGACUCCAAGGACUUCCAGUGA